CAGACCCAGCGAACGUUCCGGAGCCCGCAGCAGGUUUCCCGCGAACCGGCCCCGAUUGCGCGUCCCAAUUUCCGCAGCCUCUGUGCGCGAGAAGUUCUGACACCCUCGGGUAACGCCCGCGACUGCGCGACACACCCCGGGGAACGCUCUUAUCACCACCUCCAGUUGCAAGUUGCCCAGCAGCGGCGGGAAGCAUGCGGGACUACGACGAGGUGACCGCCUUCCUGGGCGAGUGGGGGCCCUUCCAGCGCCUCAUCUUCUUUCUGCUCAGCGCCAGCAUCAUCCCCAACGGCUUCAACGGUAUGUCAGUCGUGUUCCUGGCAGGGACCCCGGAGCACCGCUGCCGGGUGCCGGACACCGCGAACCUGAGCAGCGCCUGGCGCAACCACAGUGUCCCGCUGAGAAUGCAGGACGGCCGCGAGGUGCCUCACAACUGCCGGCGCUACCGGCUCGCGGCGAUCGCCAACUUCUCGGCGCUCGGGCUGGAGCCGGGGCGCGACGUGGACCUGGAGCGGCUGGAGCAGGAGAGCUGCCUGGAUGGCUGGGAGUUCAGCCAGGACGUCUACCUGUCCACCAUCGUGACCGAGUGGAAUCUGGUGUGUGAGGAAGACUGGAAGACGCCCCUCACCUCCUCCCUGUUCUUCGUAGGCGUGCUUUUUGGCUCCUUCGUAUCUGGGCAGCUGUCAGACAGGUUUGGCAGGAAGAGCAUCCUCUUUGCAACCAUGGCUGUGCAGACUGGCUUCAGCUUCCUGCAGAUUUUCUCCGUCAACUGGGAGAUGUUCACCGUGUUAUUUGUCAUUGUCGGCAUGGGCCAGAUCUCCAACUAUGUGGUCGCCUUCAUACUAGGAACAGAAAUUCUUGGCAAGUCAGUUCGUAUUAUAUUCUCUACGUUAGGAGUGUGCACAUUUUUUGCAGUUGGCUACAUGCUGCUGCCACUGUUUGCUUACUUCAUCAGAGACUGGCGGAUGCUGCUGCUGGCGCUGACCGUGCCGGGGCUGCUGUGCGUCCCGCUGUGGUGGUUUAUUCCUGAAUCUCCCCGGUGGCUGAUAUCCCAGAGAAGAUUUCGAGAGGCUGAAGAGAUCAUCCAGAAAGCGGCGAAAAUGAACAGCAUAGCUGUCCCAGUGGUGAUGUUUGAUCCUAUGAAGCUACAGGAGCUGAAACCCUUGAAGCAGCAGAAAGUUUUUAUUCUGGACCUGUUCAAGACUAGGAAUAUUGCCACAAUAACCACUAUGUCUGUACUGCUAUGGAUGCUGACUUCAGUCGGUUACUUUGCUCUGUCUCUCAACUCUCCUAAUUUACAUGGAGAUGCCUACCUGAACUGUUUCCUCUCUGCCCUGAUUGAAGUCCCAGCUUACAUUACAGCCUGGCUGCUCCUGCGAACCCUGCCCAGGCGUUAUAUCAUAGCUGGGGUGCUGUUCUUGGGAGGAGGUGUGCUUCUCUUAAUUCAGUUGGUACCCACAGAAUACAACUUCUUGUCCAUUGGUAUGGUGAUGCUAGGAAAGUUCGGGAUCACCUCUGCUUUCUCCAUGCUGUACGUCUUCACCGCAGAGCUCUAUCCAACCCUGGUCAGAAACAUGGCUGUGGGGGUCACAUCCAUGGCCUCCAGAGUGGGCAGCAUCAUAGCGCCCUACUUCGUGUACCUUGGUGCUUACAACAGAGUCCUGCCCUACAUGGUCAUGGGCAGCCUGACCGUCCUGAUUGGAAUCAUCACUCUGUUUUUCCCUGAAAGUUUUGGAAUGACUCUACCGGAGACCUUAGAGGAGAUGCAGAAAGUGAAAUGGUUCAGGUUUGGGAAAAAAACAAGAGAUUCAAUGGACAAUGAAGAAAAUCCCAAAGUUCUAAUAACUUCAUUCUGAUAAAAUGUCUACCCCACCUGGUGAACUGAAGAACAGAUGCAUACGACUCUGAAGAAACCAGAGCCUUCCCUGAUUAAGUGGACUGACUAUUGACGGGCCCUGCUGCUGAGAAGUGCUUGUCAUAGAGCAAAUGCUGGACCGCUCUUCCAGAUAAUCUCCUUAUGUUUUAAAAACUAACCAUUUCUAUAGAGUCCUCCUUACUAAUUAAUUCAGUGAAAUGGGUUUGUAAGAUUGUUUGAUAAUGUAUUGGUUAAGGAUUGGUCAGUUCACAUAAAAAUUAACACUCAUUUCCAAACAUACAACUGCUAUCCCAAAUAAAAAGAAUGUCAUUGUAUUCACCCAACUGUCAGGUGACAA